AUGGCUACCCCUACAGACCACAAAGCGAGCAGGGUGCCAACAGAAGGCGCUCAAAUGAUGAAAAUCCGUCGUCCCAGAGCAGCAGAUCCCCUCGUGCGGCCUAAGAAGAGGCCUCUACCUGGAAGACCUGCUGCAAAUCCCGCAGCAGCAAAGGGCGCACCAGCCUUGAAACCAACUACAGCUACCCCGUUGGGUACUAAGACUGCCACAGAAACACCGCCGACUCGACUUCCGCGACCUAAUGUACGAGAUGACAUGACUGUGAACGGAUUCAGCGGUCCGCAACUCUCCAAUAUUGUCACGGACUACCCGUUAGUUACCACCAAGCGCGCGUUGCGAGAAGGACUCAAACAUCACGUUGCCAAGUUUAUUUCAAAGAAGAGCAUUGAUCCGAGAGACGAACAGCAGUUUACGAGACCAGUACGAUUGCAGCGCCGAGAUCCAAGAGCAAAGCCUCCGGACCCAGACGCCGUCAAACGCGAAGAUGAAAAGCCCAUCCCCUACGCUAUGCGAGACAUGACUGAGGCUGAACGAGUAGAAUUUGAAGCAAAGAAAGCUGCGCGCGAGAAAGAGCGAGAAGAAAACCUGGCUCAAAUUGCGCCGUCAACAGCCACGUCUCAGAAGCAAAAGAAUCUUCCGAAACCAAAAACCCAGCAGGUCAUGAAAGCAGACAUGACGGCAGAAGAGAUUGCUAAAGCUCGAAUUAAGUAUGAAGAGGCCCUGCCGUGGCAUAUGGAAGAUUUUGACAAUAAGAACACGUGGAUGGGGAAUUACGAAGCAGCUCUUUCGGAAACAUAUGCGAUGUUCGUUCUCGAGCCAACUGGAAAAAUGAGGAUGGUCCCGAUUGACAAAUGGUAUCGAUUCAGCGCGAGGAACGCGUUCAAAACGUUGACUAUCGAAGAAGCCGAGAAGUUCAUGUCAAAGAAAAUCAAAGACCCGCGAUGGUUCAUGGAAAAGCAGCAAGAGGUCGUUCGACAAAAAGAACUGGAAGCGUAUGCUAAACAGAGAAAGGUCUAUAGAGGCAGGGAGGUAUCUACCACAGGCUUGGAUGGCGACGACAUGGAUUUCGAAGAGGAUAGGUUUGCCGAUGACGAAGAAGUGGAUGCCGGUCUCUUUGAGGAGGAUGAGGAUACCAAGGCUGCUGAGCAGCGUAUCAAGCAAGACCAGCUGAAAGCUAAUGUCUUCGAUCUGAAAGAAGAGAAAGAUUACGACGAGGAAGAGCUGCGGGAGAAGAAAGAAAGAGAAGCUCGCAAAGUGCUUGGUAAAAAAGUACGAAAGGCACUACAGCGCCGAGAAAAGAAUUACGAUUAUAGUAGUGGUUCGGACGUCAAUCCCUACUCCGAUGAAGAGAGCUCCGACGAAGACAGCGAAGCCGAAAAUGAAAAGGAAGAGGACAAGAAAACCGAAGACGAGAAAGCCCUCGCUAAGGAAAAGGAAAAAGAGAAGGAAUCUGGCGCAUCUACAAAAGCAAGCACACCGUCCGGACGUCCAAAGCAUACAGACGCACUGAAAAAGACGAGCGGCAUCGGUCGUAAGCGUAUCGGAUCUCCUAAUCUAUCAGAUGCCAGUGGAACAGAUACAUCUCGAAAGAAGCCCAAACAUGCACCACCCCAUUCUGUUCCGUCUCCAUCAGGCCUCUCUCAGACCAACAAAAAGCGAAACCGAGUCGGUGGUCCCGGAUCCGGUAGCGACAUCGAAGGGGGCGCAAUCUCUGGCGCCGAUCUCAGCGAUGCAGGAAAAGCGAAGAAACUCAAACUCAACCUAUCUCGAGCCGGUACUCCCCUUGGCUCACGCUCUGGCAGUCCCGCAGCACCUCUACGCGCCGGAACACCAGAGGGCGGUUCAAACCUCAAAGGCCCCCUACGGACCUCAACCCCCCGCCCCUCCGUCUCCAGCACAUCAACAUUCCCAACCCCUGCUGAAAUCCACGCCGCCAUCCCGGCCUCCGGAAUCACAAGUCGCGACCUCCUCAAAAUCUUCAAUACUCGCAUUGGCGACUCAAAGGAAAAUCAUCGGCGGUUUAUUGCUAUUGUCAAGGAUGUGGGGAUUUAUGGUAAGGAGGAUCGGUUGUUGAGGCCUGGUGUUUUGAGAGAGUGA